AUGCGCAGUAAGCGGUGGGGGGGAAUCGCCAGGCUCGGGAAGCGUCUCGGCGUCGACCUCAUCUCGUUCAACACGAUCGUGCGCGGCGUCAAAAUCAAAGUCAUCACCGACGACGCCUGCCCGCUCUACCAGGGAGCAGACGCGUUCGUUAAAGACUUGGCUAUAUUGGUGCUUUUCCGACAGCACAUGCCGUCUCAGCUCAUUCCGCCCUUGACGGUCAUGGGGAAAAUGAGCGCGGCAAGGUGUAAAUGCUUGUAUAUGUUUGUGUGUGUGUGUGUGUGUGUGUGUGCGCGCUUGCAUGUGUGUGUGUGUGUGUGCUUGUGCUUUGUGUGUGCUUUGUGUGCGCUUGCAUGUGUGUGUGCUCGUGAGGAAGAAAACCAUAUGCAAAAACAACAACACCAUGUCAUCAAUUUUGUCGACAAAUCAACCGGUUGUAACGGUCACAUGCAGUUUCUCUCUCUCUCUCUCUCUCUCUCUCUCUCUCUCUCUCUCUUUUUCAAUCAAACGUGUCGAAACGUCUGCGGCGAGCGAGCGCGACUUGAAACAAAGGGCGGGCUCUGUUCAGCUCACCGAGUAAUCAUGGCGGCGGCGCCGACACUGCGCGGCACCAUCAUCAAGAAUGAUUUCGUUCUCCGCGAAACGCUGGGCGUGGGCGCGUUUGGAAAAGUCAAGCGGGCUGAACACGUGACCAAAUUUACGCCCGUGGCCGUGAAAAUCGUCGCCAUCCCCUCAUCGGGUCAGGUCACCAGCAUUCGCAAGGAAAUUGUUCUUCAUCGACAGCUGGAGCAUCCCAACAUCAUCCGCUACAUGGACUAUGACUCAUCGCGCGAGAACAUUUUCAUCCUGCUCGAGCUCUCCGUCAAUGGCGAGCUGUUUAGUCUCAUUACACCAGACAAGGGGCUGCCCAACGACGUCUGUCACCUCUACUUUUGCCAAAUGUUCUCCGCACUUACCUACAUGCACUCGAAAUUCAUCUGCCACCGCGACAUCAAGCCCGAAAAUAUCCUCCUCGACCAAAACUUCAAUGUCAAGAUUACAGAUAUGGGCCUUGCAACCCUUUACGCUGUUCAGAACAAGAAGCGCCUUCUCCGCAAACGCUGUGGCACCGCCCCUUACACGUCCCCCGAAGUGUUCAACGAAUGUUACGAGGGCCCCGAGGCCGACCUAUGGUCAUGCUCCGUGGUUACCAUCGCCAUGGCAGUUGGCGAUUUUCUUCGACACACCCUGCACCCAGACCUUUCCAAACGUUGGGUCGAGCCAGAGAUUCGACAAAGCGUGUGGUUUCGCCACACGACAUCCUUGACCCCUCUCCUCGAUGAGCGCGGCAUGCUCACCGAGCCCUGCCCAUUGCUCAAGCAGCCCGAACCAGAAAUCAUCAUGCGAGAUGAAAACCCGUCCAAGCGCAGCAAGACGGCAGAGGAUUUAAUUUCGACUCAGGUGGACGAGGAGCGAGUGACGCGCUACCCCAAUUUUCUUUCCACGAUGGGCCUCGAAGAAACCUUUCUCGAGCUCAAGGAAUACUUCAAGACCGAUUUGCGUUUGGAGGUUUCACGGACUUUGCCCGAUAAACUGGCGCUGGAGAUUCAUCCUCGACCUCCCAAGGUCAAAGCUACCACGCCCGCCGCUUCAGCCUCAGCUCAGGCAGAUGUUGCUGCUGGUACACCCAAAACGCCGAACAGCACGGCCUCGGAGGCCAGCUGCUCCCCUUCAUCGACUGCGCCGUCCUCCACUGCUGCCAAUGUCAAUGAUGAGGAUGUUGAUUCGAUCGAGCCGGCGGACGCUCCACUUCGCUUUAGUAUCCGUUGCUUUCCUCACGAAAACAAUUGCACCCUCGUUUCCUUCCUCAAACUUGAGGGCGAUGGCAUUGAAUAUCGCCGUGUCUGCGAGGCAGUCAAGAGUAAUAUGGCCGAUAUUCUUUUGACUUUUGCGCAGUGA